CGGAAAUGAGGGAGCGGGUUGUUCUCUUUGAUUCGGGUUGGCUUUUUUGGGCGUGAUGGAGCCGUCUGGAGCUCUCAGUGCGGAGGCCCUGCGCGAGAGGCUGCUUCAGGGACUUGAGGCCGAGCAUGUGGAGGUAGAAGAUACUACCCCUGGGCGCUGUGCUACAAGCUUCAAAGUCCUGGUAGUUUCUCCACGUUUUCGAGGGAAAGCACUGUUACAGCGGCACCGACUGGUCAAUGAAAUCUUAUCUGAAGAGCUGAAAUGCAUUCAUGCCUUCGAGCAGAGAACACUGACCCCUGAACAAUGGGCAAAGGAACAAGAAGCUAAGUGAGACAGGCUUCCUCCUCUUCUUCGGUCACAAAAGCAGCAAACAAUCCAGAGACCAAAAACUCCGAGAUGAUAGAGAACCAGCUGUGAAUGGAACUUAACAAUGCAGGAAUUGCUUCAGUGGGAACACUAUGACAGUUUGAAAGAGCAUGAAGCAAAAAAUAAAACUGGAAAAAGUUUGAGAGAUAA